CCCCGCCGCGAUCGGCCGCUGGAUCCCGACCGCCCAGGGCGCACAGUGCGGCCGCCGGGUGCGAGGGAGACGCACGGCAGCGCCAGCCUCCGGGCUGCGCUGGUUAGGUGGGACUCGAGGGCAUUUCCUAGCGCCCAAGCCAUGGUGGCCAAACAGCGGAUCCGGAUGGCCAACGAGAAGCACAGCAAAAACAUCACCCAGAGGGGGAACGUAGCCAAAACCCUGAGGCCACAAGAAGAGAAAUAUCCCGUGGGACCAUGGCUGUUGGCACUGUUUGUUUUUGUUGUCUGUGGCUCAGGUUCCAACCCACAGUUUGAAAACACUGCUCUUCGGGCGGAAAAUCAAGCCCUUAGUGGGAGACAGAUGAGCAAGUCUCACAAGGUACAUUGGCAGAUCCCACAAAGAGAACACUAGCAACCCCUUGAAUUCAUUGAAAUAAUGUGAA